AUGGAAUCAUCCGACCCACCAUUUCAGGAGUUCUACCAUAAUUUAUUUGACAGCCAUGCAAGGAAUAAGAUUGAUUUCAAGAUUUUAGAUGUAGCAGAAGAAAGGGAACUUCCACUGAUCGAUCUUGGUCUGGAGGAGGAAAAAUGCAAGAUGGAGAUAGCCAAAGCCUCGCAAGAAUGGGGAUUUUUUCAAGUGAUUAAUCAUGGGGUCUCGUUGGAUGUUUUGGAGAAGAUGAGAUGUGAACAGGUGAAGUUGUUCCAUAGACCUUUUCAUGAGAAGACCAAACAGGGAAACCAAAAUUUUAAUUUUCCGGCGGGGAGUUACCAGUGGGGGACUCCUUCGGCCACCUGCCUCAGGCAACUGUCAUGGUCCGAAGCUUUUCAUGUACCACUUGCCGGCAUUUCUACAACGGGUGAUAGCUCUACUCUCAGCAUAACAACAAAACAAGUUGCAACCAAGAUUUCUAACCUAGCACAAAAAUUAGCUGCGAUUUUAGCAGAACAAUUAGGCUAUAAACCAGAUUUCUUUGAGAGAGAUUGUUCUGCUACCAAUUGCUAUCUUCGACUGAAUCGAUAUCCUGCUUGCCCCAUUUCACCAGAAGUGUUUGGAUUAAUGCCACAUACUGAUAGUGAUUUCUUGACCAUCUUACAUCAAGAUCAAAUUGGAGGAUUACAAUUACUAAAAGAUGGGAGAUGGAUUUCUGUUAAACCAAAUCCAGAAGCUCUAAUCAUCAAUAUUGGAGAUCUUUUUCAGGCUUGGAGUAAUAAUAUUUAUAAGAGUGUUGAGCAUCGUGUUGUCGCUAAUAAGAAUAUGGAGAGGUUCUCAACUGCUUAUUUCUUCUGUCCAUCUUAUGAAACAAUGAUACAAAGUUGCUUUGAGAACUCAGUUUAUAGAGAAUUUAGUUUUGGAGAAUUCAGAGAACAGGUUCAAGAAGAUGUCAAGACACAUGGUUACAAAAUAGGACUUCCCAGGUUUAUCAUUUAAACCAAACAUAUAGACCAAAAACUCCACACAUAUAUUUAGACCACCACUCUUUGAAAUAUAUAUAGUAUAUGAUGUAUAAGUGUUAGAAAGAAUCAUUAGAUACUAGUUAAGCGUUAUAACAAAGAAGCAUGGG